AUGAGUCCCCCUCAGACCUUGAGAGUUUUUACCCUCAAAAAGAGACGUUUUAAAAUGUGUCACUACCAUUUUCAAGUCGUAAAAACCCGACAGAGAACAUGGACUUUUCCCCCCGCGGACAUGUCUGUAAUAAUCAUCAGUGAGCGCUGCAGCGGCGAAGACACCGCCGCGGUGCUGACAGUGGCUCCGAAACGCUUCGCUUCCAGCGCACAUUUUAUGGUGUCAACACACAGAGUCAGGAAAACCUUCAGAAAAACAGAAGUGCCUUCAGCGGCUCUCCAGACCAAAAUAAAUAAUCAGAGACAGAGCUGGCCCCGGCACAUUCCUCUCCCUGUAAACGCUCUUCGUUGCUGCUGCAGCGCCGGAGCUGCCAGUUGGGAACCAUUGAGCGACGUGAUUGAGUGCUGGAUGGGCUAA